AUGAAUGGAAUACCAGAACAUACAGAACAUGGUCUAUUUGCCGAUGACACUGCUCUAUGGACAUCAUCAAACACAACAACAAGCCUUAGUUUUAGGCUACAACAGUCCAUAGAUGCAUUCCAAAGCUGGUGCAACUCAUGGAAACUUAAACUACAACCCAGUAAAACUGAACUCGUUCAUUUUACUAUACAUCCACGGAGAAAGUUUAAGAAUCCAAUAUCAGUCAAAAUAGAUGAUACAAUCGUUAAAACAUCCAAUUCAACAAGAUAUUUAGGUGUUAUCAUCGAUAAAACGUUGAAUUGGAGAAGUCAUCUACAUCACAUCGAAUCGAAGAUUGCUGGUCGUAUCAGUCUGCUUCGUUUUUUAAAUAGAGCAGCUUAUGAACCAAAUGAUAAAAUCAUGUUAAACAUCUUCAAAUCAAUAGCAAGAUCGAUUAUCAUCUAUGGUUAUCCAAUACUGCUUACAGCCAACGACAAAAUAUGGGAAAGACUACAAAUUAUGCAAAACAAAGCUAUACGUGCUGCUUUAGGAUUACCAAUAUACACAUCAGUGGAUUACAUACAUCGUACUACCAACAUACCCAAAAUUAAAGAAUAUGCUGUUACAUUACUCCAACGUUAUAUCCAAACAGCAACAUCCAACAAAGACGUCCUAUUACAAAACAACUUACAAGACAUAUUCAACAAACUUUAA